AUGAGUUGGCAUAAUCAAUCCAAUGAUCCUAACAAUGACGAUGAAUAUGGCAAUAAAAAAUUCAAACAAUAUGAAAUCAAAGAAGGUAUUGCAUUUUUAAUUGAAAUAACACCAGAAUUAUUAACUCCUCAACUUAAUUUAAAUUCUCAUAGUCAAUUAUUUGAAAUAUUAUCAAGUAUAAAUGAUUUAAUGCAAGAAUUAAUUAUUACUUCUAGAAGUACUGGGAUUGGAAUAUAUUUUUAUAAUUGUGAUAAAUCAAAUAAAUUAUCAUCAAUGAAAAAUAUUAAUUGUAUUGGAUUUGAACGAUUAUUUCAUUUGAAUGUAUUAAAUUUAGCAAAUAUGAAAAAAUUAAAUGAUUUAAUUCAAGAUGAUAUAAAUAAUAUUAAAUCAAUUGAUGAAAUUUUUAAAUAUCAACCAUUAAAGAAAAUUGAUAUGAAAUUAGGUAAAAAACAAUCACAAUCUGAAACACAACCACAGACACAAUCACAAUCACAAUCAUCAGGUUCAAUACAAGAAACUCAAUUGACAGUAGUUUUAAAUAAAAUGAUUGAUGAAUUUAUUAAUAAAAAAGAGUUUAAUAAACGAAGAAUGGUUUGGAUUACUACUAAUGAUAAACCAUAUCAUGAAGAAUCUGAACGUGAAGCAUUAUGGAGAACAAUUGAUGAUUUUUAUUAUUAUGGGUUUUUCAUUGAACCAUUAUUUUUAUCUACCAAUGGACAAAAACCAUUUGAUUUUGAAUUAUAUAAAGAUAUUUUUAUGAAUACAAAUUAUUUGAAAAAAAGUCAAGAGAAUCUGGAAAAUUUAACCCGCACUGUUUAUGAUAAUGAUGAUGAUCAAAAUAAUGAUGACGAUGAAAAUCUUAUUAAACCAAGUGGUGGAUUUUCUAAAGAUAGUGUUGUUUUCAAGAAAUCUGUCGUUGGUGAUCAAAUUAGGAAAACUAUAUUUAGAAUCAAAGAAGUUAGACGAAUACAAUUUACUUGUGAUUUAAUUUUAAGUGAUAAUGGUAAAGUUGGUGGUGGAUUUGGUUGUACUAUUAAAGGAUACAUGUUAUAUUCUCAUGAAAAAAUUAAUCGUAAUGAAUUAUUACUUUAUACAAGAUCAGAAACCCUUAAAAAAGUAUUUGUAAGUACUAAAUUGAUGCAAAAUGGAAAAAUAAUUGAAAUUGCAAAAGAUUCCAACAAAUCAUAUCAAGAUCGGAAAGAAGAGGCGGGAAUAAAAAAGGGAUAUGAGAUUGGUGGUGGACAAGAUAUUGUUAUAUUAAAUAAACAACAAUUAGAAUUCCUCACCAAUUAUUCUUUUGAUCAUAGAUUAAAAGAUAGUGAUGAUCAUCAUGAUGGUGAAGAUGGAAAUGAUAGUUUGGAAACAGAUAUAUCAGAUGAUGAUGAUGAUGAUGAAAAAGUAGGAAUGACAGGUGGAGAAACAAAGCCAGUGUUGUUUUCUAAAGCUCCAUACUUGAAAUUAAUUGGGUUUAGAGAUAUUUCACAUUUUAACCCUGUAUAUUCCUGUGGUGCACCGAUUUUUGUUACACCUGAUAUUGAUAAUGGAAUGACAUCUUCAGCAGUUACCGGUGGAUUUACUAAUUCUUUCAAAACAUUUGCUUCAUUAUAUCGAUCAUGUGUGAAAUUAAAUCAAUAUGCCAUUGUUUUCGGUUGUACAAGAAGUAAUUCUCGACCCUAUUUGUAUGCUUUAUAUCCUACUCAAACAACAAACUCAUCCAAAAUACCAUUUCUGAAAAAACUCGAUGACAGUGAUGAUGAUGAUGAUGAUAAUGAUAAUGAUAAUGUUGAUAAAAAUCAAGAUGAAUUCCCACAAGGUUUCCUACUAAUUAAGUUACCUUGGCUUGAAGAUGUUCGGGCAUUACCUAGAGAAUAUAUCACAAAUACUCAACGAGAAGCCAUCCAUAAUGAUGACAGUUUAAUUGAAAGUUUUAAACAAUUAUUGCCUAAAUUUGAACUUCUGCAUUAUGAUCCUCGAGAAUUCCCUAAUGCAUCAUUAAAUUAUUUUUAUAAAGUUAUCAAACAUGAAAUUUUACAAAUGGAAUUUAAACUUUCUCAAAAACCAUUAAUAGAAAAUGAUAUAACAAUGCAAAAAUUGGUACAAUUGAAAAAUUCAAUAAAUAAUGAUGAUACUGCUAUUGAAUUAUUACAAAAGAUUAAUUCUCGUAUGGAUGAAAUUGAUUCUACUAUUGGUGUUGAAGUUUUGAAACGGAAACAAAUGGAAAUUGAUAAUCAAACUGAUAAAAAGAAAGAAAAAAAAUUUAAAUCAGGUCCAAUUUCUGAUCAAGAAAUAUUACAUGCAUGGGAAAAUAAUCAAUUGGAUCGAUUUUCAAUGGAUCAAUUGAAAGAAUUUAAAAGAAAAUAUCCUGAAGUUAAAUCAGCUAAUAGGAAAGCUGAAUUGAUUGAAAACAUUAGUCAGUUCAUAAAUACUCAUAAAAGAUAA